UCCUAAUAUGUAAUAGGCCUAAAUCUUGUACUUUUCUGUCCUUUCCACAGAGCCUUGAAAAUAAUUUAGAGCUCAGUCAUUCAGUUUGGAUUUAUGUAUAAAUUGAAAUAUAUUAAUUACUUAUUUAUAGUGCACUUGGCAAAAAUACCUGGAAAAUUACAAUUUUAAAACAACAAAAAAUUUUAAAAAGCCAGUGUUAAGAUGUGACUUAUCUUAGAGUAUGAUAAUCAUUGAAAGACGAUUGUCUUGCUAUUUCUUAAAAAAUACUCCUAGGUUUUUGUUUUUGUUUUUGUUUUUUUUUGAGAUGGAGUUUUGCUCUUGUCACCCAGGCUGGAGUGCAGUGGCGCUGUCUCGGUUCACUGCAACCUCUGCCUCCUGGGUUCAAGUGAUUCUCCUGCCUCAGCUUCUCCAGUAGCUGAGAUUACAAGUGUGCACCACCUCGCCUGCCUAAUUUUUGUAUUUUUAGUAGAGACGGGGUUUCACCACGUUGACAGGCUGGUCUUGAACUCCUGACCUCAAGUACUCCAUCUGCCUCGGCCUCCCAAAGUUCUGGGAUUACAGGCGUGAGCCACUGCACCCGGCCAAAUGCUCCUGGUUUUAACGGUUUGAAUGAACAGGGGACGUGAAUUCUUGAGAACAGUAACCACGGUGGUGCAUUUUUCCCCCUGCACAUAACGUACAGCACUCUACCGUUUUGCCAAGCACUUCAUGCUCCUAAAAUUUCUGUUGCAUUGUUGUUUGAAUGAAUGAAUAAAUGAGUCUUUUAAAAGUAAUUGUAGAAGUUGUAGCAUUAAGAAAUGAAGAGGGGGACUAGUAAAAAUGCAUUUUUAUAGAGAUGUUGGGAAAGGCUUGCUUGAAAUUACACGUGGGACUUUUACUAGACAGGCGCUUUGACCAGCUAAGCAACAGGGCUCCCCUCGUGUGGGGCUUUUAGAAUGUAGCAACCACUGACACACAGGGAAGGAUUAUGCCAUCAGGUGAGAAGGUGGCCGACCCUGACUGGCUGGAAGCAGACGCAUUCUGGUAGCUGAUUGGUCCACAGGUAGCGUGAAGCUUGUCACGUCCUCAGGCUCCCAGCAUUCAAUCGUAGCCUUUCAGACAGCUUGAAGCCUUCUGUGGAGAGCUCAAAGCCUUCUGUGGAGAACUCAAAGCUGUCCGUGGAGCCCCAGACGAGCCAAAGCCCACCUUCUCCUCGGCCUGAACUGUCUUGAAGAUGAGUAACAGUGGGUUUGGGAGCUAUGGCAGCAUUUCUGCUGCUGAUGGAGGGAGUGGAGGCAGUGACCAACUGUGUGAGAGAGAUGCAGCUCCUGCUAUUAAGACCCAAAGACCUAAGGUCCGAAUUCAGGACGUUGUACCGUGUAAUGUGAACCAGCUUCUCAGCUCUACUGUGUUUGACACUGUGUUCAAGGUUAGGGGAAUUAUAGUUUCCCAGGUCUCCAUCGUGGGGGUAAUCAGAGGGGCAGAGAAGGCUUCAAAUCACAUUUGUUACAAAAUUGAUGAUAUGACCGCGAAACCAAUCGAGGCCCGACAGUGGUUUGGUAGAGUAAAAGUCAAGCAAGUGACUCCACUGUCAGUCGGAGCAUAUGUCAAAGUGUUUGGUAUCCUCAGAUGUCCCACGGGAACAAAGACCCUUGAGGUAUUGAAAAUUCAUGUCCUGGAGGACAUGAACGAGUUCACUGUGCAUAUUCUGGAAACGGUCAAUGCACACAUGAUGCUGGAUAAAGCCCGUCGUGAUACCACUGUAGAAAGUGUGCCUGUGUUUCCAUCGGAAGUGGAUGAUGCUGGGGAUAACGAUGAGAGUCACCGCAGUUUCAUCCGGGACGAAGUGCUGCGUUUGAUUCAUGAGUGUCCUCAACAGGAAGGGAAGAGCGUCUAUGAGCUCCAAGCUCAGCUCUGCGACCUUAGCCUCAAGGCCAUCAAGGAAGCGAUUGAAUAUCUCACGGUCGAGGGCCACAUCUAUCCCACUGUGGAUCAGGAGCAUUUUAAGUCUGCUGAUUGAGGCAGGGAAAACAUCCUUUCCUUUUCCAAAGAUCCUUGCAUCCAGCUGAGAGUAAUUUUGACCUGUUGACUUUUUAGGAAGUAGGACUAAAAAAAAAAAAAAAUCUCAAGUGGCAUUCUUUGUCAACUCGCUGCUUUUCUAACUGCUUUGAACUCUUCAGAUUUUCUAUAUUUGAAGCUCAGAGAGAGAUGGUGAUGGAUAAAUUGACAACUCUGUAGGAUUUACUAGCAAGCUAAUGGAAACAUGAUGAUUUGGGGGGAAGAAAAACUACAGAAAAUGUAGAAAUGUAUUAUUUAAUUGUGUUGGAGCUUCUUUUCCCA